AUGCCCACCAAGUCAAGCAAACAAAUAGCUCCCAGAAGCCCGGGCAGGCCUCGCAAAGCGGCCCCUGCCGCAGAACCAGCCACCACAAGAGCUGAACCAGCGGAAGCAUCAUCACCUGCCACAUCACCAACUACAUCACGGAAGUCAACGGGCGGCAAAGCAGCCAGCAAGGGAGUCGCCAAAGGAACGGAAAGCGGAGUAAAGAAGUCUAAAGCAGCAAAGAAAACCUCAAAUGUCCAACCCGGUGAUCCCACACCCACAGGCCGCCGCCGCCGCUACAAGCCCGGCACCGUCGCAUUGAAAGAAAUCCGCCGCUACCAACGUUCCUUCGACCUUCUCAUCGCCAAGCUUCCUUUCGCACGUCUGGUCCGCGAAGUUGCGCUCGAUCUCCUCCCCGCAGAAGUAGGCGCCUCGUUGCGCUGGCAAUCGCAAGCUAUUAUGGCGUUGCAGGAGGCCGCCGAAGCUUUCCUUGUGCAUUUGUUCGAGGAUACAAACCUUUGCGCCUUGCACGCGAAGCGAGUCACCAUCAUGCAAAAGGACAUCCAGCUUGCGCGUCGGAUUCGGGGCGUUUGGGCUGGUCUUGGCUAA